CGGGUGUGAUCCAAACGGCCUCGCCUCAUCGCCUAGCGCCCCCCUCAGCCCCCGCCGCCGCCGCCGCCUCGGCCCGCCGGCCAUGUCCCCCGGCCGCCGCCGCCGCCGCCCGAGCGCGGCGCUCCCGCAGCCCGCAGCGCGCUGAGCGCGGGCCCGUGCUGCCGCUCGCCCGCCCCGGGGCCCCCUUGUUCUCCGCGCCGCCGCCGCCGCCAUGUUGGGUUUAGAGCCGCAGCGGAGCCGCCGCCGCCGCCGCGGGUGAGGGAGGCCGAGAGCGGAGCCCGCCCCGCCCCGGGGCCCAGGGAGCGGGGCCGCUUCGGAGCCCGGCCUCUCCCCGCCAGCCGCCUUCCCGGCCCGCCGUGCGAGCCGGCCCGCGAGCGAGCGAGCAAGCGCCGGGCCCCGGCUGCGCCUUCCGCUCCCUGCGCGAGCGAGCGAGCCCGCCGCCGCGGGGCCCGGCCACUGCCUGCGGCGGAGCCCACGAGCGUCAGCGCCAUGGCGGAGCAGACCUACUCGUGGGCCUAUUCCCUGGUGGAUUCCAGUCAAGUGUCUACGUUUCUGAUAUCCAUUCUUCUUAUAGUCUAUGGUAGUUUCAGGUCCCUUAAUAUGGACUUUGAAAAUCAAGAUAAGGAGAAAGACAAUAACAGUUCUUCUGGGUCUUUCAAUGGCAACAGCACCAAUAAUAGUAUCCAAACAAUUGACUCUACCCAGGCUCUGUUUCUUCCAAUUGGAGCAUCCGUCUCUCUCCUAGUAAUGUUCUUCUUCUUUGACUCAGUUCAAGUAGUUUUUACAAUAUGUACAGCAGUUCUUGCAACGAUAGCUUUUGCUUUUCUUCUUCUCCCGAUGUGCCAGUAUUUAACAAGACCCUGUUCACCUCAGAACAAGAUUUCCUUUGGUUGCUGCGGGCGUUUCACUGCUGCUGAGUUACUGUCCUUCUCUUUGUCUGUCAUGCUUGUCCUCAUCUGGGUUCUCACUGGCCACUGGCUUCUCAUGGAUGCUCUGGCCAUGGGUCUCUGUGUCGCCAUGAUCGCCUUUGUUCGGCUGCCUAGCCUCAAGGUUUCCUGCCUGCUCCUCUCAGGGCUUCUCAUCUAUGAUGUCUUUUGGGUAUUUUUCUCAGCCUACAUCUUCAAUAGCAACGUCAUGGUGAAGGUGGCCACACAGCCGGCCGACAACCCCCUUGACGUUCUAUCCCGGAAGCUCCACCUGGGGCCAAAUGUUGGGCGUGAUGUUCCUCGCCUGUCUCUGCCUGGAAAAUUGGUCUUCCCAAGCUCCACGGGCAGUCACUUCUCUAUGUUGGGCAUUGGAGACAUUGUGAUGCCCGGUCUGCUGUUGUGCUUUGUCCUUCGCUAUGACAACUAUAAAAAACAAGCCAGCGGUGACUCCUGUGGUGCCUCUGGACCCGCCAACAUCUCUGGGCGCAUGCAGAAGGUCUCCUACUUCCACUGCACCCUCAUUGGAUACUUUGUAGGUCUGCUCACUGCUACUGUGGCGUCUCGCAUCCACCGAGCUGCCCAGCCCGCCCUCCUUUACCUGGUGCCAUUUACCUUAUUGCCACUCCUCACCAUGGCCUAUUUAAAGGGUGACCUACGGCGGAUGUGGUCUGAGCCGUUCCACUCCAAGUCCAGCAGCUCCCGGUUCCUGGAAGUAUGAUGGAUCCCACGGGAAGUGACCAGGAUGUCCGGUGUCGUCCUUUUCUCUCACCGCGUGGUUUUGUUUCCUCUUCUUAGAGCUGGCCUGGUACUCAGAAGUCACCUGUUUAAGGAACAGGCAUGUGACUGGAAUCUGCACCUGAGGAAGCCGGUUGGCAGGGAAGGGUGCUGGCCCUGCUGGUCCUCCUGCAGUGGUAGGGUGGAGCCUUUCAGAGUGAUAGGCCCUCCCUCCCAUUUUUGGGGAUCUGCACUGGACUGUUACGUGCGGGGAGAUGGAGAUUUGACUAUUUAAAAACUGCAAACGGCAAGGAGUCGUUUUAGAACUUUUUGAACACUAAAAGGAUUAAAAAAAUUUAGCAAACCGAAGUUUCUUCAGUGAACCCUCCAGAACUUUGGGACCAGUUUCCUAUGGGGGACUCAGUUUCAGAGAACUGAGACAGAAGCUCUUCUGUCAUUAUUUUCUUCUUUCCUUUUUUUGGAUUUAUUAAAUAUUUUCUGUGGUGUGAAGUGACUUAUUAAAUCCACAGACAUUGAGUGACUUCUUACAACAUACACAUAAGGAUUUGUUGUAAUGAGUUCAUGUCCACCCAGAUGUCGUGUUGGCGGUGAACAAGGGCACGGUUUUUAUACAUACGUACAUAUAUAUAUAUAUAUAUAUACACAUGCGCACAUAGAUAUAUACAAAUAAACAAAAUUAAAACCUGCUAAGAUCAUGCUGUGUAGCAGACAGGGGCUUGCUGUGAUUUUGAGCAUGUAGAGCAGUUUACUGUGGCUUCCUUGUAUAAGCUGCCGUCUCCCCGUCACAACUGACCCUGCAGUUACCAACCAGGAUAGCAUUCGGACUGACAGACUGUGGGCUUUGGGGGACUCUUAACUUGGUUUGAUCAGUGUAGCAAAUUAGGGAUGAAAAGUUAAAACAAAGUCCUUUUCUUUUUACAGGCUUCUCCCUGCAGGGUUUUUAGUAGUUUCUUCCUGAACCAGUGCAUGUAAUAUAGCAGCAGGUGUCUUUGUGCUUUCUGAUCAUAGUAAUGUACUACCUGUAAAUACAUUUUUCUAUUUUGUAUUUUUUUGUAUUUUUUUCUUUUUUUGGCAUUUUGUUUCAUUGGUGUGCUGUAUUUUCCAUGCCCUCACUCCCUUAAGAAAAAAAAAAAAAAGGAAAAAAGCAACAUAAUCCUGUCCUUGCUGUUGUGAUUAUAGUCUUGACUUACCUGUGGUGACAACUGGGUGCUGGGAACAAAUGUCAAAUGCCGUCUGAGACGGACCCAAAAUUCCUGGAACCAGAGAAAGAACAGGACGUCCUUGCCUUCAGGAGCCAGCCCUGCACGGGGUCUUCGCUCUGGUGGUACCUGGUGCGACACGUGCUUACCUUUACCUCGGUGGCCCUCGGCCUGGCAUUGUCCUGAAAAGACCCGACGACAGAGGCUGGAGAAGGGCCCACACGCCCCAGUUCCUUCCGUAGAGUGUCCCCCCUGUGGCCUGCCUGUCCUCCCUGUGCACUGAACUGGCGUGCCGUCGUCUCCGUGGCAUGCAGUUACUGGGUGGGACUCCCGUAGUCAGGGCGCUGGGUUCUUCUGUUGCCUUCAAAUCCUGCUGAGGGGUUUGGGGUGUUUUGUUUUGUUUUGUUUUUAAUAAACGACUCCUUUCUA